AUGGGUUCUUUUUAUUCACCCGUCGAACAUAUCAAAGAGAAAACCAUCGACCAAAAGGACGUCGUCAGUGGUGUUGGAGAAAGACUCCGAAGGCUCAACUUCAGGAUCGUGGAGGAGAUCAAGGUCGAAGGCGGCAUUCGCAUCGAUUUUUUGAGCCCAGAAAGUAGCGAAGUUCCGUCCAUUGAUACCAGCAUUGCUCAUGUCCACGCUGCUGUUGACCUUUAA